CUCCUGCAGACGCCUUCAUCGAUUGUCCAAUGAGGACUCCCUAUGGUCUCGAUUACUUGCUGAUGAUUUCGCUCAGGAAAUGCUUCCCUGCUCUUCCUCCUCUCCGCGAUCCCUCUACAGAGUCCUGUUUGAGAAGGAUAGGAAAAAGAAGGAGGCGGCGGAAAAGAGGAGUGUAAUGAGGAAAGAGAGUCAAGUGUUCGAGCACUUGAGGAGGAUUGGAGAAAUCGAGCUGCAAUUGGAGGCGGAGACGAAGAGAAUGAAGGCUGCCGCUGCUGAGUAUUCGAAUUUGCGCAAGGCCAGGCAAGCAUCAGUGGCUUUAAAUGUAUGGCAGCCGGAGAUCAUCCGCAGUAGACAAAAGCAAGUAGUAGAACAAAAUGUUGUUCCUGCAGAUGCUCGGCUGCACACACUUAAGAUGGAAUUGAAACUUUGCAAGCAACAGAUAGCCUCUUUCACAGAAGCCUAUAGAGACUCAAAAGAAAAGCUUGAAAUGGCAAAGAAAGAGUUGCAAUCCAUGAAAUAUCAUCCUUUAAGAGAUCAUAACCAGACGAGCAUUUCAGACAGUGAAUGUAAAAUCAAGAAGAAGUUCAAAUCAACCGUUAAGUUUCCGGUGAAAAAAGGAUCAGAAAACUAUGAUACGGAUGACCUACAUUGGUUGCCAUAUUGAAGCUGAUGUAUUAUCUUUGCAACUGUGAGCUGCUCAUCAUUCUCCUGGUAUCCUUUGUCGAGUUGUUGGUUGUUGUGUUUGCGACAUAUAAUGGAGCCUCUUGCGGGUUUCAGAGACCAUUACUACUUGUUCUUUUUAACUAGUUCAGGUGUUAAGUUGUUUUCUUCACAGAAUAAUUAAAACUGAUAGGCUAUUUAGAUAUAAUCACUAGGAAGGAGUGUAAGAAAGGAGAUGAGAAGGCGAUGCCUUCAAAAUAUUUAGGUACUUGGAUGUUGAAUGUAUUUAUUUGCUUCGAAAAUC